UUCUUCAUUCAAAUGAAAAGGGUCCUUCCGACGGCAAGUGGCGUUAUAAUUAUAGACUAGGAAAGAGCAAGAUCAGCAGCUGCUGCUGCUGCUGCUGCUUGUGUUUGUUCCCUCUGUAACUGACAGGACAGAGUACUUGGCAAAAACAGACUUCCAGAAGUGGAAAGACAUUUUAACCCCUGUUCUUGUCAGUCCACUCCUCCUGGGGCUCGGCAGCAGCAACCCCUUACUUCAGGUUAAGGGAAGAGCAGGGUGACUAUUGCAGACCUGAGGAGGACUUUGCUUGGGACGCCUGAGGAAGAGGAAGGGUCCAGGAUUUGCCUUCGGGCUCGGAUUGCCGGAGCAAAAUAGCAGGCACAGCCUGCCAAGACGAUGACAGUCACUUAUUCCAGCAAAGUAGCAAAUGCCACUUUCUUUGGAUUUCACAGAUUACUCCUAAAGUGGAAAGGCAGCAUCUACAAAUUACUGUACAGAGAAUUUAUUGUUUUUGCUACUCUUUACACAGCGAUAAGUGUAUUAUACAGAUUUUUUCUUACAGGUAGCCAAAAACGGUUCUUUGAAAAAUUAUCAAUUUACUGUGACAAAUAUGCUGAACAAAUCCCGGUAACUUUUGUGCUUGGUUUCUACGUUACUUUGGUGGUGAAUCGCUGGUGGAACCAGUUUGUGAACUUGCCGUGGCCCGAUCGACUGAUGUUCCUCAUCUCUAGCUGUGUCCAGGGCAGAGAUGAAUAUGGGCGCUUGUUAAGGAGGACUCUCAUGCGUUACGUGAAUUUAACAUCUCUGCUGAUCUUUCGCUCUGUGAGCACAGCUGUGUACAAAAGGUUUCCCACCAUGGACCAUGUGGUAGGAGCAGGUUUUAUGACAAGAUAUGAAAGAAAAAUUUUUGAUGACCUUAAGUCUCCCCACCUGAAAUACUGGGUUCCAUUUGUCUGGUUUGGAAAUUUGGCAUCGAAGGCACGAAAAGAAGGAAGAAUUCGAGACAGUGUGGAUCUGCAGACACUGAUGAAUGAGAUGAAUAAGUACCGGUCUUGGUGUAGUCUUCUGUUUGGUUAUGACUGGGUUGGAAUUCCACUGGUCUAUACCCAGGUUGUUACUCUUGCAGUCUAUACCUUUUUCUUUGCCUGCCUGAUAGGGCGCCAAUUUUUGGAUACUGACCAAGGGUAUCAGGGACAUGACUUAGAUCUUUACAUUCCAAUCUUCACACUGUUACAGUUCUUCUUCUACGCCGGAUGGCUCAAGGUUGCUGAACAGCUUAUUAAUCCAUUUGGAGAAGACGAUGAUGAUUUUGAAACUAACUGGUGCAUCGAUAGAAAUUUACAGGUCUCACUUCUGGCGGUGGACGAGAUGCACAUGAACUUACCAAGGAUAGAGAAAGACAUUUACUGGAACGAUUCCUCUGCCCGGCCGCCCUACACAAAAGCAGCUGCUGAUUACUGUAUUCCUUCAUUUCUUGGAUCAACGAUUGAAAUGGGGCUGGCUGAUACCGAAUUCCUCUAUGGGGAAGAGUGGCCGUGGGAAGAGGAGAAACACCGAAGACAACGUUCAGUGCUGAGAAAAGUCAAGAGAUUUCUCAGCGUCCAUGAGGCCCCUUCGUCCCCGGCUCACCGCCGCUACAGUCGUCAGACAAGUGAGAAUUCGGUGUUUUUCCCAGCAGAUGAAAAGGGGCACAUCAGACGGCUGCAGGAAAUGCACACAAGAGGGAGACACUCUACCUCCAGCUUCAAGAAGAAAUAUGAAGGCUUUGACAGAAGUAACAGACUUCACAGUAGCAGAGAUCUAGGACCCAUAACUGAAACCUCAAGGAGCGAGGCACAGUUCGGUGACAGUGACACCUCAUCCGAGACAAACAAGCCUGUUCCUGAGGUCGUCAUCUCUGAAGCCAAGGAGAAAGUAGCUGAUGUGGUGGGCAAACCAGAUCUGCAAACAGAGCGUGCCGCAAGCAUGACAGAAGAGAUGCUCCAAAGGAGCCUAACUGAGGCAAAUGUGACUCUUCUGGACCAUCCUUUUUUCCCCCCCGAAAUGACUACAUACCUCCCAGGCUCUGAGGUGCAUCAGUCACUUCCUACUGUGAUAGGGGAGCCCAAACAUGAACCCCAUGGUAGUAACAUAGCCGGUUUCAUAACAGAUCACGAGAGAAACCUUCAGAGAUGGAGUUUACCGAGCUUCCAUAGUCAUAGUACACUGUCAAAUGCUGACACCGCAACGCCUUUAACAGAUUCUGGGACAACUUCACAACAAAGGACCUUCAGCGAUGGAAAAAAUGUUACUUCUGCUGCUGCUCCAGAGACAUUUGAGAUGCAGCACUUAUGGGAAAACCUGGAUAGUAAAGAAACAGCCAUAGUAGAAUUUUCUAAUGAGAAAAGUGAAAAAAAACUUUGACUGUGCUUCCCCUGGGUUUGACUGAACUUCUCAUCUUCUCUUGAAAGUGGUUCUCACACAGAUUUGCUGAAAGUGCAGACAUGAUGCUCAGACAAGUCCUGAACGAGAUCCAACAGAGGAUUUGGCCACCUAAAUAGGAGGCAUUCUGGUGACACGCUUUAAGCCACUUGGUUGCUGGCUUGAAAUCUAUGACCCUGUGGGGAAAACAUUUAUGGGGAGAACUGGGAGCCUCAGGAGUGGAUGCAAACCAGCCAGUGCACAUGGCAGCGAGCUGUGUAGGCUCACCUAGAGGAAACACUAAGGUUAUCAGAAGAGCGGAGGUGGCUCUCUCCACUUUGGAUCCACCCUGAACACGGCUACCUUUGGCCGUUCCUUCAGAUUAAGGUCCAUGACAUCCUUGUAAGAUCCACCACCAGUUUUGGUUUCUACUCACGUGGAAGGGGAGCUGUGGGCUCAAUUCCCUCCUCAGCCUGGAGAGAUCCAGCCCGCCAUCUCUCACUGCCUGGUGGAACGCGUGAAAAAUCAGGCUCCUCGCUUGUGCGGGGCAAGAGCCUGCCCCCGCUCCUGCUGAAGCUAUGCCACUACACAGCAGAAAAAUAAAAGGAUUAAAUGUUUAACCUCAUUAAGAAAAAUGGAAGAGGUAAAACUGCUGAUGAGCUGGGCAUGGGAGGGCUGAGCCUUGGUCUCUGCUCCUUGCAGCACGUAUGUGGCAUACCAAGUGGCUGUUUAUUGUAAAAGGCCAUUCCCAUCGCUCCCUCGUGAUGGGAGGGCUGUGGCUCUCUCUCAAGAGGUGAUGGAGCUGCAAGGGCAGCUGAGCUUAGGGCCCCACUCUUGCGGAGAUCUUCAGCUGGAAGCGCAGAGGCUGCAGUCCUCCCAGGGAGACAACCAAAUGGCCCAGGACCGCCAACAAAAAUUGCUCUCCGCUUCCUUCCUCCCUCCCCUGUUCCCAUGCUGCCCAGACGUACCACACACACUCUCCUUGAACCCAAAACCAAGACAGCAUUAGGUGGCUCCUGCUGCUCCAGGGGUGGCCAAGCCACCUCCCUAAACCUGCCAGUAGCAGCCUGGCCUUUCUUCUGCUGCUCCUGCCAGAAGUCUCAAAGCAGACCCUGAGAGCAGUGGCAGCUCUUUGCUUUUAGCUCUCACCCACGUCUACACAAACACAGUCCAGCGUGCGAUGCCAGCAUUCCCCUACAAGUGAGUAUCCAAGUAGGUGGUCUCCCUGGACAAGGGAAUGACCAGGUAGCUCAGGGGCUGGGAAGAACAGAGGGAGGGGAAGAUGCAGAAAAUUAUGGGGCUGCAACAGCCAGCAAGUGGUCUGGACAGCAAGUCCACCCACCUCUGAAGGUUGCACUUCAGACAACAAACCAGCAUCUCUGCCAGGGUAACUGGUAGCACCAGUGGCUCCUGGGAGUCUUCAGGACCCCCUGAAGCUGGGAAGGGAAUGAAUGGACCUGCCUGCUCCUGCUCCUCUGGCCAACAGCGUAGGUGAGGAGCCCUUCCAGUUGGCUAUCCCAUAGAGCAGGACUCUGCUAUCUCAUCUGGGGGGGCUUUGAAAACAAAUCAACCACCCUCCCCACUUCUGCUUCAUCCAGCUUUGUUUCGGUCUGGGAACCGGCUCCUGUUGGUGUGCGUUACACACGGUCUGAGCAGUGCCACCCUUUCAAAUCCUUCAAAGACACUGGACAAAAGCACAUGUAUCCCCAUCGCUUUAGGAAGCAGAGGACACUUAGCCCAAGGAAGAGCUGUUUAAACUCAUAUUAUGGGAAUUUCAGGCAUGCAGAAAAGCCAAGCGCAGAUUUCCCAGGCACCUACGGAGGCACUUCUUCGCACCAUGAGAUGAGGUGACGCCAGUGUCUGACAGCAGCUGAGCAGUGAGGUUUGAUCACAGUUCUGGAGUGAGGUGUUCUGGUGCAACCUCACCCUUGCCACUCCACAACAAGUCCUCAGGCAAAUCAGGUUGCGAUGUUCAGGUUUGACCAACAAAACGAGAACCUCAACAAAGUGAAAUUAUGUUGAAAUAAACAGCACCUUAGCCUAGCAGUCCUAUUUUCUGGCUGGCCUUUACUAGGCAAUACCCAGCUUCUGGCAGCAUCCUCUAGCUUUUCAGUCAUCAGAGCCCCAGGCUGCUGACUCUCCCUGGGGAAGAGGACUCUGUUGGCCUGUGACAACGGUGGAAACGCAUAGUUUUCCCUUCCCUACGUCAGCAGAGAAAAAAAGAUGUUCCUCCAGCAUUCCUUCUUUCUUCCCUAUUUCUUCUUUUAGCUGAAGCCACACUUUUCAAUUCAAUAUUUUCUCAAUUUAGUUGCAUCUGCAACUGCCAAGGAACUCCAUUUACCAGUGAGCUUAACUUUAAUAAAUGGUAAAUUUUAAGUAUAAAUGAUACAUUUUAAGGAUGCCCAGACAGCUCCAGUCACACAGCUAGACACAAAGUUAAAGUAACUGCUGCUCUCCUUGGGGGCCUGAAACACUCCUCUAUAGCACUUUGUUAAAGUCAGGAGAGCAAUACAGGUUUGGGGGGAGUUUGGCCAUACCCCUCCCAGCCAUGCAUGUAUAGGAAGGGUUUUCAGCAGCUGUGGAGACAGUCUGGCCUAUUAUCUAGCUCUCUCCUUGCGGUAUGUAAGCUUGAGGAACUGCAUAAGGGAAUUUAAGCCAGAAAUUAGAGAUGACUGUAGCGUGCCCACUACAAAUCUGCACUGAGGGUCCGGUCCCACCACACCUCCUCACUCUCCUCCUUCACACAGCUUCUACCAGGGCUUAAGGUGUUGGAGCAGAGUGGUCGUCCUCCCCAACCCAGACACCAGCAUGCUUCAUCCCUGCACUGCUAAGCCUGAAGAAACCUUCCUAGCUUCUCAUUGUCCAGCUCUGCUCAUCCUCCAUCACCUUCUUCUCAGCCUGGCCGCUCCCUAGGACGCACACUGCUGCUUUCCACCAGGACGUUACGCAUCUCGGGAGCGAUGAUUUUGCUACCUCUCCCACUCACUCUGCCAGCACUCCCUGGCCCAGCAACUGCAUUCAUUCUUUGAUGGAGGCUCAGGGUGGCCACACGGUAGCCAUUAGGUAGAUAAAAGCUUCAGUUAAGUCCCACGGAGGUGUCUAUUAGACAUGGAGACGCGUGUUAAAUUAAGAAUGACAGCUCUGAAGUCCCGCAAUGUAAUCUGCAAUACACAAAUAGCAUCGCACACAGAGCGGGCCAGCUCCAGGUUAGCUGUAAUAUUCUGUUGGUUGCUCGUAAAGAAGCUAGUGCUGGGAUGAGUUAUCAGAAAAAUUUCCUCUCCUCAUUUAGUCUGUUCUCAUUUUUGCAAACAUCUGCAGGCUCUGAUUUUUAUUAAAUUAUCUUUGGGAUUAUGUGCUCUUUUAGGCACUUCUCUCGGUAAACUAUUUGCCUUAGCAUGGUAAAUGGACUAUUUUAGCAAACCCAACAAUUUACAAUUCAUGUUCACUGGUAUAAACAAGGUUGAAUUAUUGCGUGAAUAAAGGCACUUUGAGAAACACA